UGUGGUUGGCGCUGCCCAAUCAGAGAGGGGUCUAGCGGUAGGUCCCAUCCAUGGCUGUUGUUCGCCGCCCGUCAUUUAUUACUCCGGGUUUAUUUCCAAUCACAAACCUUGCUUUGGUUCGGUGUCAUUGGUGGUUUGAGAGACGAAAGGUUAUUCCUCUUGAUACCACUACCUUGCUGGAGAUUCGGGAAGAGGCAAUUGGAGCUCGAAACUUGACUUACAUACGAUGACGACAAUCCCAGCGUUACGGAGCGCCGCCGGCGGUUCCCCCUCGGCUGCGAUGAUGAGAAGGAUGAUAGCCACCACCACCACGACGGCCACGAUGACGAGGAGGGCGGGACAGCUUGGGGGAUGGAGGUCAAGACAGCAGCAGCAGCAGCAGAAAAGAUUGGUUUCGUCGUUAGGGAAUGAUACGCAGCAGAAGUUGCUUGCGGCGCAUUUGCAGCAGGCGGAUCCGAUCAUGUAUGAUAUUGUCGAGAAGGAGAAAGUCAGGCAAAAGCAGUUCAUCAACUUGAUCCCUUCCGAGAACUUUACCUCACAGGCGGUGCUGGAUGCGCUGGGGAGUCCUAUGCAGAACAAGUACUCUGAGGGAUACCCAGGCGCGAGAUACUACGGCGGUAACGAGUUCAUCGAUGCCUCCGAGAGAUUAUGCCAGCAGCGCGCACUCGAGACGUUUGGACUGGAUGCCAAGGAGUGGGGGGUGAAUGUUCAAGCUCUCUCUGGUGCGCCAGCGAACCUGUAUGUCUACUCAGCCAUCAUGGAAACUCAUGAUCGGUUGAUGGGUCUCGAUCUCCCCCACGGCGGCCAUCUUUCCCACGGGUACCAGACCCCCACCAAGAAGAUCUCCUUCAUCUCCAAGUACUUCGAGACGGUUCCUUACCGACUUGACGAGUCCACCGGCCUGAUCGACUACGAUAAGCUCGAGGAGCUGGCAACCAUCUACCGCCCCAAGGUUAUCGUCGCUGGCGCCUCGGCUUACAGCAGGCAAAUCGAUUAUGCUCGUAUGCGGGACAUCGCCGACAAGGUGAAGGCCUACCUUGUGGCUGACAUGGCGCAUAUCUCCGGUCUUGUCGCCGCCAAGGUCAUGCCCGGGCCGUUUGGCUACGCAGACAUUGUCACGACGACUUCUCACAAAUCCCUCCGUGGCCCCCGUGGCGCGCUGAUUUUCUUCCGCCGCGGUGUGAGGAAGGUCAACCCGAAGACCGGAGCGGAGGAGCUGUACAACCUCGAGAACCCCAUCAACCAAUCCGUGUUCCCCGGCCAUCAGGGCGGUCCGCACAACCACACCAUUGCCGCCUUGGCCGUGGCGCUCAAGCAGGCACAAACACCAGAGUUCAGGGCGUAUCAAUCGCAGGUCUUGUCCAAUGCCAAAGCCUUCGCCAAGAGGCUGGGUGAACCAAAGGAAAAGGGCGGGCUGGGCUACAAGAUUGUCUCGGGCGGUACUGAUAACCAUCUUGUUCUUGUCGAUCUGAAGCCGCACGGCGUGGACGGGGCGAGAGUGGAACGGAUCCUGGAGUUGGUCGGGGUAGCUUCCAACAAGAACACUGUUCCGGGUGACAAGAGCGCGUUGACGCCUGGUGGGUUGAGGAUGGGAACUCCGGCCAUGACGACGAGAGGAUUCCAGGAGGAGGACUUUGCGCGGGUAGCGGAUAUUGUCGAUAGGUCGGUGACGAUUGCGGUCAGGGUGGACAAGGCGGCGAGGAAGGCGGCUGAGGAAAAGGGGGAGGGGAAGACGGCGGGGAAAGUGAAGACCUUUAUGGAGUUUUUGGGGGAUGGGGAGACGGACACGGAGAUUGUGCAGUUGAGGAGUGAGGUGGCGGAUUGGGUGGGGACGUAUCCUGUUCCUUGGGAGGGGAAGUAAGUGGUGUGAUGAUGGGGGGGUUGGUGAUGAUGAGAAAUGACAUGAUGAGAUGAGGGAGGGGGGUCCGAGAAAGGAGUUUAACAGUCCUUUUGUCACGAUGUGCAAGUUUUCCUUUUUUAGGUUUUUGUUGGUACUGUCUCAACAUGGGUGUUUUUGGUAUUGUCAUGCAUGUUUUGUACUCGGUGAAUGGUUAUACACAGGUUUGUGUUAAGUUCGACUAAAUUUAGUCUGAAUGAAACAUCUACAUCUCAUUUGUUCACUUUGAA